AUGGAUUGUGAUAUUUCUGGUUAUCACGUCGAAUCAUAUAAUUUUUUGGCCGAUGAAGGAUUUCAAGCAAUUGCUGAAGACAUUCCCCCUGUCAAAUUAAAAUUACCAAAUGGGGAUGCUGUUGAAUUUUGGUAUACAAAUGCUCGGUUAGGCAAGCCUCAUUUGGAUAAUUCAAAAAUGGGUGGUGAUAUAGGCAAUUGCCCUAUUUAUCCAGCAGAAUGUAGACAAAGAAGAUUAACUUAUCGAGCACCUCUCAACGUUUGUAUUGAUUUACAGUUAAAUGGAAGAAAGAUUGAUACAGUUGAUUUACUUUUGGCAGAAAUACCUGUAAUGCUUUGUUCUAAUAGAUGUAAUUUAUAUGGAUUAAAAAGAAAAGAAUUAAUUGCUAAAGGGGAGGAAGCUUUGGAAAGAGGAGGUUAUUUUAUUGUAAAUGGUUCAGAAAAGAUAAUGCGCCUUCUUAUUGCAAAUAAACGUAAUUAUCCCUUAGCGGUUAAAAGGAAAACUUUCAGAGAAAAAGGAAAACUUUAUUCUGAAUUUGCUGUAAUGAUGAGAUGUUUUAGAGGAAAUCAUUAUUGUUCAUUAAUUACUCUACAUUAUCUUGAAAGUCUUUCAAUGACACUUCUUAUUCAAUAUCGCCGUGAAAUUUUCUAUGUUCCUUUAAUUUAUGUAAUUAAAUGUUUGGUCGAUUGGAAUGACGCACAAAUUUAUAGUCAAUUAAUUGCUGGAAGACCUAAUGAUCAAUUUUGGGCUAAAUGUGUUCGAAAUAUGUUAACUGUUGCACAGGCUUGCCAAUUUUUAUUAACUCAUUGUUUGGCUGUUCACCUAAAAACUGAUGAACAAAAAUUUUAUUGUUUGGCUAUGAUGGCACAAAAAUUAGUCGCUUUGGUUAAAAAUGAAAUUCAGCCAGAAUCUCUUGAUAACCCACAAUUUCAGGAAGCUUCAGUUUCUGGACAUAUUUUGGCUUUAAUUUCUAGAGAAAGAAUGGAAAAUAUUUUGUUAAUCGUUAGGAAAAAAUUAGAAAUUGUUGCAAAGAAAAGGCCUGAUACUUUUAAUUUUACAAGCAAGGAAUUUAUAAAAGCAUUUUCUUCACAUAAAAACAAUGAACUUUCUCGUGGUUUAGAAUAUUUUCUAGCCACUGGAAAUUUAAUUACAAGAACGGGUGUUGGAUUGAUGCAGUUAACUGGUUUUGCUGUUAUUGCUGAAAGAAUUAAUCAAUUAAGAUUUGUUUCGCAUUUUCGUGCAAUUCAUCGUGGUGCAUUUUUUAUGGAAAUGCGUACAACAGAUGUUAGAAAAUUGAGACCUGAAGCUUGGGGAUUUAUUUGUCCAGUCCAUACACCUGACGGUGCUCCCUGUGGCCUUUUAAAUCAUGUUACUGCAUCAACUAAUAUUGUUACUCAUUUUACUCAAAGUCCUAGAAAAUUACAAGAAACACUUUCGUCUUUGGGUAUUAUUCCGCACAGUUCUUUGGCAAUACUUCCGGAUGAACCUCUUUAUCCUGUUGUUGUUGAUGGAAAUUUUGUUGGUUAUUUAUCGUGUAGAAAAGCGGCAUUUGUUGAAAGACAACUCAGAGCAAUUAAAGUUAGCGAAUUCGAUGACAGAAUAACAAAAUUUGCUGAAAUAACUUUAAUUAGAAAUUCCCCUGAUCCUGAAAAUAUCCAAACUCAAUAUCCUGGUUUAUAUAUCUACACACUUCCUGGCCGGCUUUACCGUCCAGUUAAGAAUUUAUUAUUGAAUGGACAAACAGAAUAUAUCGGUAUGUUUGAACAAGUUUAUUUAUCAAUCGUUAUUGAUCCUGAUGAAGCAGAACCUGGUGUAACUAUGCAUCAAGAAUUGCAUCCAUCUGCACUUUUCUCCUUUGCGGGGAAUUUAAUUCCAUUUCCUGAUCACAACCAAUCGCCAAGAAAUGUUUAUCAAUGCCAAAUGGGAAAACAAACAAUGGGGGUCCCAGUUCAUGCUUGGAGGCACCGCGCUGAUGGCAAAAUGUAUUUACUUCAAACUCCACAAAAACCUUUACUUAAAUUAGAGGCUCAUGACAAAUAUGAAAUGGAUGAGUAUCCUUUGGGAACAAAUGCUUGUGUUGCCGUAAUUUCUUAUACUGGUUAUGAUAUGGAAGAUGCAAUGGUAAUAAAUAAAGGAUCAUACCAAAGAGGAUUUGCCCACGGAACUGUAAUUAAAGUUGAAAGAAUAAAUUUAGCAGAGCAUUCAAAUGCACGUUUUGGGAGAAAAUCUGAUUGUGAAGUUGUAUUUUGUGGUGAACCAAAUGAUGUUAGACCUGCCAGUUUGGAUGCUGAUGGACUUCCCAUUCAAGGGCGUUGUUAUCAAUAUGGAGAUUUUUAUUAUUGGUUUUUAGUUAAAUUUUUGGAAAAAAAAUAUUUUUUCAUUUUAGUACUUUUAAUUUGA